AUGCAGGGCCAUGGAAGGUCCUUGAAACUCUUUCUUGCAUUUGCGCUGCUUUUGCUACAGUAUGCCCAAGGAGGAGAGGUGGACCACAAUCAGAGGGAUACUAAUGUGACCGGGAGGUGCAUAGAGAAGGAAAGGCAAGCACUCCUUGCAUUCAAGCGUGGCCUGGUGGAUGAUUACAAUCUCCUCUCUUCAUGGAGUUCCGAAGCCCAGAAACAAGAUUGUUGCAGAUGGAUAGGAGUCUAUUGCAGCAACCAAACAGGUCAUGUUAUUGGACUUGAUCUUUCAUACAAAGUUAUCGGCGGAGAUUAUUAUUUGCAAGGGAGUCAAUUUCCAGAUUUCAUUGGUUCUCUAACCAAUUUAAGAUACCUUGAUCUGUCUUGGGCUUAUUUUGGAGGCAAGUUUCCAAGUCAGGUCGGAAAUCUUACGAACUUGGUGUAUCUGGACUUAAGCUGUAAUCGCUUUACAAGUGUAGAAAAUCUCAACUGGCUUCCUCUUCUUUCGUCGUUAAGAUAUUUGGACUUGAGUUAUGCGAAUCUCAGCAAUGUUUUCGAUUGGCCGGAAGCUGUUAAUAAGCUUCCUGAACUAACAAACUUGACACUACAGGAAUGUGAUCUUCCUUCUCCAAUUCUUUCCACUCUUUCUUACAUAAACUCUUCUAAAUCUCUUGCUAGCGUUGACCUUUCUUUCAACCAUUUGAGUACUUCUUCAAUAUUUCUAUGGUUGUCCAACUAUAAUACCAGCCUUGUUCAUCUUGACCUCUCUUUUAACCAAUUAGCUGGUUCAAUUCCUGAUGUUUUUGGAAACAUGAGCUCUCUGGCACAUCUUGAUCUAUAUUCUAACCAACUUGAAGCAAUACUUGGAUCUCUCAAGCAAUAA